CCGCGACUUUCCCCCGCUGAGAUCAACGCCCAUCACCAUCACGCUCAAGCUUCCAGAUCUGCGACUGGUACUGUCCAACCCCGCGACGAUUACCUUCCAAACCGCGCCUCCCACCUGCUGCCCGAGCCGAGCGCAUUCCCGCGCUCGCGUCCAGGUGCCAUGGCGCCCUCUCUUGCGUGUCUGCAGGCGCGCCUCGAGACGUUCACGGCGCCCGUGACUUCCAAAUCCAGGCGGACAUCCUCCAAGUCGAAGAAGGCGCCCCCCAAGCCGAGGUCUGUCUGGCCAUUGGCACUCCCAUCGGCACACGAUCUCGCCUUUGCCGGCUUUGUGUGGAAGCCGACGACAACCAGCCCAGACAACGUCCAGUGCUUCUCGUGCCAUUGCCAGCUCGACGGCUGGGAGGAGAACGAUGUACCCGCAUACGAACAUCUUACACACUCUCCAAGCUGCGGCUUCGCCGUCGUUACAUGCAUCCGUCUGCGAAGCGGAGAUCCUGGCAAGAGCGAGGAUGACCCCGUCUCGGACGCGAUGAUGCAGGCGCGUCGCGACACGUUCGGCGACGCGUGGCCUCUCGACAGCAACGAAGGGUAUCCCAGCAUCGAGCAGUUGGUAGCCGCUGGCUGGUAUUAUGAUCCUACGUUGGAUACCCCUGAUGGCGCCACCUGUCCAUAUUGUUCCCUGUCUCUGGAUGCGUGGGACAUCGGCGAUGAUCCGAUGGAGGAGCAUCGACGUCGCGCGUCUGACUGUCUGUUUUUCGCACUCAAGGAACUUUACCAUUCCACAACAAAGACUACCUCUAAAAAGGGAAAACGCGGUUCUGCACGCACCUCGACGGCCAGCACAGCAUCAAAGACGACUCGCGCAAAGAAGCGCGCCAGUGAGCUGAUCGAUGAAUCGAUCUCUAGCCUGCUGGAUCCCGUUCGCAGCAAGAGGCGUACGAGUGAACAGGCCGAUGAUUCCAUUGAGAGUGUCAAGCCCAAGGCUACGCGCGGAAGAAAACGCGCGAGCACCCAAAUCGACGACACAGUUCCCACUGCUGCAGAAAAGUCCACACGAAGUAGGGGCCGCGCCAGCACACAGAUCGACAACACAAUCGACAGCAUAGUUGAUAAACCUACACGCGGCAAGAAAAAAGCUGUUGAACAUGUGGGCAGCACCACGGACGACGGUCAGGACGAGCCAGCACCUCCGCCCGCACCAAAACCCAAGGCCAAGAAAGCCGCGCCCAAGACCAAGCGUACCUCCUCUGCAAGCACCACCACAAAAUCACGCGGCAAGAAGCGGCCAAGCGACCAGAUCGAAGACAUCGAGGUCGUCGAAGACUCUUCGCCAAAGCGCGUCAGACACAGCAGCGUUUCGAGCUUUCCCGACUCCCUGCUUGCGGGCACACCCAAAGGGGCACCUGUAGAGCUGGUAGAUACCGAACCAACGGAACCCGGACCAGCAGAACCGGAGGCUGAGGAAAUGGAAGCCGACGUCUCAAGUUUGCCCGCGUCGCUCCUUGUUGGAACUCCUAAGAAGACACCCACGAGGAUGAUGACCCCUGAGAAGGCCGAGCAGGGCCACAACUGGGAUCCUAUCGACAUUGACGCUUUCUUCGGCAACACUGAACAGCUGCAAGUACUGAUCAACGACAUCAUCAUCGACGCGGGGCUUGACGCCAUUAUCCCAGCUGGCACUGCCUCAGAGGACCUUCAGGCUGCUGUCUUAGACGGACUGACCAAGUCCGAGAAAGAGAUGUCGGUAGAGCAAUGGGUCUUGUACAACGCAAAGAGGGGUGAAGAGAAGCUGAGGCAGGCUUGCGAGAAGCAGAUCUUGGCGUUCGACGCGCAGGCAAUCCGCGCAAGGGAAGCGAUUGAGAAUCUGCCAAUCUAUUGAGAUGACUUUAGCUUGGCAUUUGGAUGGAGUUCUUUCGCUGUUAUGAUACCCGGGGAGCAUUGCAGGAGUUUGGCUAUUCGAGGCCUUGAGUUUGUUCUUGUAGAGCUAUGGUGGGAAGGGACACAGUGCCUCUGUAAGUAGCAUCUCCGCCCCUGGUAAUGGCUUGAGGUGAUUCUGGUUGUAGCAGCCCGUUAGGGCUGGCUCCU